AUGACGUCUCAUACUCGUUCUCGAGUGUCUGAAGAGCAGUGGAAAGAUAUGGAGGCUCGUCUCGGCGAGAUUAAUACUUCGUGUCACCGUCUAAUUGAGUCCAGUAAUGCUUCGUUGGAGAACAAUAUCAUAGAAAAGAUUGAUCAGUUGGUUUCUUUGGUUACGAAGUGUGAUUCGAAGAUCGAAUCAUAUAAUGCUACGAUUGAUGAUCGAAUUAAGCACCAGAUGAUGGGUCUUUUGAGGGGCCAAGGAUUUGAGCGAAUGAAAGGCCCACGAGACAGAGCAAAUAGAGGAGUGUUACAGCAACCAAGAAUUGAACUGUGUUCAUUUCAAGGGGAGGAUCCAAGGGUUUGGCUGAGGAAAUGCAAUAAGUUUUUUGUUGUAAAUCAGGUUAGUGAUUCUCACAAAUUAGACUAUAUGGAGAUGUUUCUUGAUGGUAAGGCUGAUAUUUGGUUCCAGAGUUUUAAGUUGGUUAAAGAAAAGAUUUCUUGGGAUGAUUUUUGUGAAUCCUUGACUAAGAGGUUUGGGAAGAAAGGAGGAUUUGAUGAGCAUGAUGAGUUUAAUAAAUUGGUGCAGGGAGGACCUGUAUUGGAGUAUGUAGAAAAGUUUGAGGAGCUGAAGUCAGUGUUACUUUGUAGAAAUCCACAGCUAGAUGAGAAGUACUUUAUUUCCAGUUUUAUUUCUAGACUAAAGUCAGAACUUAAACCAAUGGUUAGAUUGAUGAAACCAGCCAAUUUACUGGAUUCAAUAGAAGUGGCUCAGUUACAAGAACAGACUGUUGAACUCAUGGUGAAAAUGCAUGAAAUUAAGAAGAUGAGCAGCACCAUAAAUGUGAAAUGGGGCACAACAGGCAAAAAAGGGGAUGUAAAAAUAGUAGAAGAGAAAAAGGAGGGGAAUAUUAAGGAGAAUUUUAAGAAAAUAUCUCUAGAGGAAUUUCAGUAUAGAAGGAAUAACCACUUAUGCUAUAUGCGUGGAGACAAGUUUAGUCAAGGCCAUCAGUGCAAAAAUCAGCAAUAUACUUUCAUGUUAAUAGAAGAUGGGGAGAAGGAUGUGUUAGAAGAAAUGAUAGAAGAGGUGGAAGGGACUAUAACAGAAGUUUCUUUAAAUGCUUUGUCUGAAAAAAUGAAUAGGAAAACUAUCACCUUGGAGGGAAGUAUUCAGAAAAGCAAAGUGCAGAUGUUAGUGGACACUGGCAGUUCUCUUAGUUGCAUUGACAACAAAGUAGUAAAGAAUAUUGGUCUGCAGAAACAAAAUUGUGAUGCAAUUACUGUUAAGUUGGCAGAUGGCAGAACAGUGGUGAGUUCUUUCUAUGUGCCUAAAGUCAAAUGGACAAUUCAACAAUAUGAGUUUGAGUUUGAUUUGAGAAUUAUAGAUAUAUCAGGAUGGGAUAUGAUCAUAGGUGUUGACUGGUUAGAACAAUUUAGUCCUAUCAUGUUUGAUUUCAAGAAGCUUUAUUUGAAGCUGAAUGCAGACUCUAAUAAUGAGAAUCAGAUGAUGUUGAAUGGAAGAGUGGAGGCAGCUACUAUACAAUUAGUAAGGGGGAAAGAAUUACAGUUAAUGAAUAAGAAGUUGGCUCAACAAGCAUUAAAGGAGAAGGUAUGUGUUGCUGCAGAAAGCUUAGAGAAAUUUCCUGGACAGAAACCUGAUAUAUUACAGAGGUUUUCUAAAGUUUUUGAAGUCCCAGUAGGUCUGCCACCCAACAGGAAGGUGGAUCAUGAAAUUCCCUUACAGCAAGGAUCUCAGCUUUUCAAGAUGAAACCAUACAAGUAUCCUCAUUCCCAGAAAAUAGAAAUUGAGACACAAGUGCAGCAGAUGCUAGACAGUGGUACUAUUAAGCCUAGUAAUAGUCCUUUUGCCUCUCCAGACAAAUUUCCUAUUCCUAACAUUGAUGAGUUACUAGAUGAGUUACAUGGAGCACAUGUGUUCUCAAAAUUGGAUUUUAGGUCUGGCUACCAUCAAAUCUUGGUAAAACCCUCAGAUACUUAUAAGAUUACAUUUCAGACUCAUCAUGGCCAUUUUGAGUUUGUAGUCAUGCCAUUUGGGCUGACAAAUGCUCCUGCAACUUUUCAAGGGCUUAUGAAUCAGGUUUUUAAGCACUCUGAUUUGGAAUCACAUGAAAGGCAUUUAGAGGCUGUUUUGGAGUUAUUACAAGCUAAUCAGUUGUAUGCAAAAAUGUCCAAUUGUAGUUUUGUAGUGGAGUCUGUAGAAUAUUUGGGACACAUGAUAUCUGGUAAAGGGGUCAGCAUGGACCCUGCUAAGGUGGAAAGUAUCAUAAAGUGGCCUGUACCUGAUUCUAUCAAAACAUUAAGAGGUUUUCUUGGCUUAUCUGGCUAUUAUAGGAGAUUCAUUAGAGGCUAUGGAAUCAUGAAAAAACCUUUAACAGACUUGUUAAAAAAGGAUGGUUUUCAGUGGGGACCAGAGGCAACUAAAGCUUUCCAGUUAUUGAAAAAAGCUUUAUCUAAAGCUCCUGUUUUAGAAAUGCCAAAUUUUGACUUACCUUUUGUUGUGGAGACUGAUGCUUGUGCUACAGGAAUGGGGGCUGUACUUAUGCAACAAGGUAAACCUAUUUUUUUUCUCAGUAAAGCAUUUAAUAAGAAGAAUAUGGGGUGUUCUGUGUAUGAGAAGGAAUUACUGGCAUUGGUUUUAGCUGUUACUAAAUGGAGACAUUACCUAGUAGGGCAUCAUUUUAUUAUUAAAACUGAUCACCAGUCAUUAAAGUUUUUGCUGGAACAUCCCCGGCAUACAUCAUUACAGUACACGUGGUUGUCAAAAAUGUUGGGUGAUUAUGAAAUACAGUAUAAGAAAGGGUGUGAAAACAUAGCAGCAGAUGCUCUUUCAAGGGUUGUGGAGCAACCUGCAACAGCUUGUGUAGCUGCUAUUUCUGAAUUACAACAUGUAUGGUUGCAGCAGGUAGUGAGUAGCUAUGAAGGAGAUGAGGAGUGUCAGAAUCUUAUUUCUAAACUGAAUGCCAAAGUAUGGACAUUUUAUUCACUUAGUCAUCCCUUCACUGCUGAAAAAGUGGCGAAUGUGUUUUUGGACAAUAUUUUCAAACUGCAUGGACUUCCAGACACAAUAGUCUGUGACAGGGAUCGAAUAUUCACAAGUAUAUUUUGGAAGUCAUUGUUUGAGAAAUUGGGAGUGACUUUAAAUUUCACAUCUGCAUACCAUCCGCAGAGUGAUGGACAAACUGAGCGCCUGAAUCAGUGUCUGGAAGCCUAUUUGAGAUGCUUUUCUGGAGAUAGGCCUAGCACUUGGAAAAAUUGGUUAAGUGUGGCUGAAUAUUGGUACAAUACAUCAUUCCAUGCAAGUCUGGGAACUACACCUUUUGAAGCUUUGUAUGGUAUUAAGCCAGUUCCAAUCAGCUAG